AUGGCGCGAACACGAGGGGCUAAAUCUUCAUCUCCUUCAAAUCGCAAGAAGAGUCUGCGAAAGGAGCCAGUUCCAAAUUCUGCUCCAGAGCCUUCGCAGCCGAAAGCAAUUCCUCCCCCGGUGAAGCCAGCGCCGCCAAAGCCUCCAGCAAAACGAUACCUUACCAGGUCGGGAGGUCGGCCAUUGCAGAAGAAACCUAGGGUGGAGAGCUCAGAACCCAUCGAUUUGACUGAGCAAUCUCCAGAGCCUUCACCAAUUCCAUCACCGGUUCCAACUCCAGUGCCGUCUCCAAUUCCCUCGCCAAGUCCCCUGCCAGUUCCAUCGCCGGUACCAUCUUCGGCGCCGCAAGAAAAAUCUUAG